AUGGCGACCACCUCUGCCGCCGGCCCUUCCAUCAUCCUCCUCCUCCUCGUCUCCUCCACGAUGGUGGCGGAGAGCAGGGUUUCUCGUAAGGACCUGGGCCUUGGCCUCGGCCUCGGCCUCGGCAUCGGCGCCGGCGUCGGCCUCGGAGGCCUCAGUGGCUCCGGCUCCGGCUCCUGGUCCGCCUCUCGUUCUGGCUCCGUCUCCGGCGCCGGCGGCGGUUCCGGGGCGGGUUCCUACGCUGGCUCCGGCGCGGGCUCCUACGCCGGCUACGGCGGGGGGCAAGGAGGAGGCGUCUCCGGCGCCGGCGAGGGCCACGGUGAAGGGUACGGCGAAGGGCACGGCGGCGGCGGGAAUGGCUAG